UGCAGUUCCUCCGCGGCACAGAGGACCACACCGACCUGCCCGGCUUAACAAGGACGGAGAAAUGAGCUCGUCCUCCGCCGUCCACAUCGCAAUAACGUGAGCGUGUCACGGCUUUAACUUACUUCACGGACACAGACGCGCGCGCGCGCACACACACACACACACACACACGACCAGCACUGGUGUAUUGUUGACAAAUCCCCACCUCGGUGUCGGACAGUCCCACCCGCAACCCGGACCAUGGCGGAGAGAAGUGGCAGAUUGAGUUUCCCCGGCAGCGGGGCUCUCAACAGACCGGUGCCCAUGAACCUCUUUGCAACAUGGGAGAUAGAUGGAUCCUCCCCUAACUGCAUCCCGAGAUUGUGCAGUCUGACUCUGAAGAAGCUGGUUGUGAUGAGAGAACUUGAUAAAGAGCUGAUCUCUGUGGUCAUAGCGGUUAAAAUCCAGGGCUCCAAACGGAUCUUGAGGUCCCAUGAGAUAGUGCUGCCACCCAGUGGGUCUGUGGAGACCGAUCUGGCUCUCACCUUUUCAUUGCAGUACCCUCACUUCUUAAAACGAGAAGGAAACAAGCUGCAGAUCAUGCUGCAAAGGCGGAAGAGAUACAAGAACCGAACUAUCUUGGGGUACAAGACUCUUGCAGUGGGAUCUAUCGAUAUGGCCGAGGUGAUGCAGCACCCUACAGAGGGAGGCCAGGUUCUGCCUCUCUGCAGCAACCAGAAAGAGAUGCUGGGGAAGGUGGCAGAGAUCUGGAUCUUUUCCCUGUCCAGUCAGCCAAUAGACCACGAGGAGGCAGCCCUGCAGGGAGGACAGAAGAUCAAAUGUUCUGAUAACUACUCAGAGGAAGAAUAUGAGAGCUUCUCCUCAGAGCAGGAGGCCAGCGAUGAUGCUGUACAGGGACAGGAUCUCGAGGAUGAUGAGUACGAUGUGAGGAAGCCAAAGAAGCAGAGGAGGUCCAUUGUAAGGACCCCCUCCAUCACCAGACAGCAGAACUUUAAGCAGCGAGUUGUGGCUCUCCUGAAGCGGUUCAGAGUUUCAGAUGAGGUGCUGGACUCUGAGCAGGACCCCGCAGAGCCGCCCCCUGAGGUGGAGGAGGAGGAUCUGGACCUGGAUAGUGUAGAAUUUGAGAACCCAAGUGACAGCGGCCCGGAGCUAGAUGACGACGACAGUGUCCUCAGCACACCAAAACCCAAACUCAAGCCAUAUUUCGAGGGUCUCUCCCUCUCCAGCUCUCAAACUGAGAUCGGCAGCAUCCACAGCAGCCGGAGCCACAGGGAGCCUCCCAGCCCGAUUGACGCAGAUAAAACCAAGUGCGGAGGGGCCAAAUUUCCAAAUGAUAAUGUUUCUGAUAACGUCUCCUUUGAGCAGCCCGAGGCGGUGACGCCGACCACAGAGCUGGAGAUGGACAACAUGGACACAUUUUUAGAGAGACUACCACCAAGUGGAAAAAUGACCAAGACAGAGUCCCUAAUCAUUUCAUCGAACAGGCAGGAACCGAAGUUGGCAGGGAGACGAGGUAGGAGCACGUCGCUGAAGGAGCGCCAGCCCAGCAGGCCGCAGAAUGAGAGGGCCAACAGCCUGGACAAUGAGCGGUCCCUGGACACACGCUGCCACCUACAGAUCCCGAGAAAGACAGUGUAUGACCAACUAAACCACAUCCUGGUGUCUGAUAACCACCUCCCUGACAGCAUCAUUCUCAUCAAUACGUCAGACUGGCAGGGCCAGUAUCUUUCAGAUAUGCUGCAAAACCACCAUUUACCAGUGGUCUGCACCUGCACCACGGCCGAUAUCCAAGCUGCAUUCAACACCAUCGUCUCCCGCAUACAAAGAUUUUGCAACUGUAACUCCCAGACGCCCAUCCCUAUAAAGAUCGCAGUGGCUGGAGCACAGCACUACCUCAGUGCUGUCCUGAGGCUUUUUGUAGACCACCUUUCCCAUAAGACACCUGACUGGCUCGGCUACAUGAGGUUCCUUAUCAUCCCUCUAGGUGCACAUCCAGUCUCCAAAUAUCUCGGCACUAUUGACUAUCGAUACAACAGUUUGUUCCAAGAUGCUGCUUGGAGGGAACUGUUUCACAAGCCAGAGGCUCCUGUUAUUGCCCAGGAGAACCCAGAUGUGGUUUCAAGGGUAACUCAGUACAUGGUGGGAGCUAACGGAGCUCACCAGCUCCCCAUUGCCGAGGCCAUGCUCACCUACAAACAGAAGAGGAAAAAGAGCUUUCAUUUUGAUUUUGCAGUAAGCCCUGAUGAGGACUCAUGUCAGAAAUUCAUCCCUUUCAUUGGUAUGGUGAAAGUUGGCCUUGUGGAGCAAACAUCUGCAGCGUCAGGAGACUCUGAUGAUGCAGCACCUCUGGGCUCCUCGCUGCUCUCGUCUACCCCUCCCCAAGUAUCACCUGCACUCAAAGAGGCGUCGCCCACCCCGCCCUCCUCUCCCUCUGUCACCACCAGCUUCUGUGCUUACAGUUCUGUAGGUCAGGCGGAACUUAUGGGGCUUCAGGUGGACUACUGGGUGGCCCCAACAGAAAGGAAGAAAGACAUGGAGAAGCGGGACUCCUCCUCCAAAAACACCCUGAAGUGCAAUUUCCGCUCGCUGCAGGUCAGCCGGCUACCACUGGGGGGUGCAGAGCCGAGCCCUCAGCCCACCAUGUCCAUGACUGUGGUAACCAAGGAGAAGAAUAAGAAGGUCAUGUUCCUGCCAAAAAAGAGCAAAGACAAGGAGGUGGAGUCGAAGAGUCAAGUGAUCGAGGGCAUCAGCCGGCUUAUCUGCACUGCCAAGCACCAGCAAACCAUGCUGAGAGUACUGAUUGAUGGCGUUGAGUGGAACGAUGUCAAGUUUUUCCAGCUGGCGGCGCAGUGGUCUUCGCACGUCAAACACUUCCCCAUCGGGAUCUUUGGACACUCAAAAGGCCCUUACUAGCAGCACCUAAGAGACUGAAACACUGAGGACAUCUCCCCCCUUCCUUACCUUUCCCUCAUGCCAACAGCUUUUAACCCCUACUCCCUUCUUUCCCCUGGCACACUUCUUCUAUUCUGCUGUCUUAAUUUAAGCUCCUGCUUUCACCUGUUGCAUUUGUCUGAUUAUUUAAUCUUCUGUGUGUUUUUUUAAUUUUCUAUUUAUGUAAAAAUGUCUCGAGGCAAGGCUGCCAAGGGAAAUUUACUUAGCUUUUUAAAAAAUACUGCUGAUGUUUUAUAGACUUUUGAGAAACACUAAUUAAAUAGUUUGACAUUACUUCUAACCUUUAACAUACUGUACCCAGGUUUCACCCUCUUCCCGUCGUUUUAAGCACUUGGCCAUUACAUUUAAUCAAGAAUUUAUAUAAAUAAAUAAAAACAAGAGCAGCUGCCUUGUAAUGAAGUGCAAGAGGUGAUGGUCAUCUUAUUUUCUAAUAAUGCCGAAGAAAUCUUCCCCAACUUCAGAGACUGUUGUCGAUUCAUCGUCUGAACCCUGAAGAAGAAAAAAGUAAACAGCCCCUGACCUUUGGCUCUCGGCACUCAAUGAAGGAGUCUUAUGUGCAAUAGACUGAAUACUGUGUGAAUGCGAUUUUGAAUAGUAACCAGGCACUGUUAGAAGAUUACACUCUGCUCUUAGUUGUGAUUUUCACUCUAUGUAACUACUUCUCUUCUUUACUGUCUUCUCCUGGUAAAUUGGCUUGAGGUUUGAAGAGUCCAAAGUGACACUUGUAAUUGGAAAAUAAAGUCAAAACAUCUGCUUUUUAGAAAAUGAUGAAUAGCACAAAAUGAACUACUUGGAACUAGAUGGAAGUACAGACUUAAAGGAAUACAUUAACAUUUUGGGAAUUAUGUUUAUUUGCUUUCUUGUCGAGAGUUAGAAGAGAUUGAGAGGCCACCCUAAUGUCUGUACAGUAAUGUAGGAAAUUAUGGGAAAUAGUUUGGCACAUACCCCCAAUAAAAAACAUGUUUUACACUCCAGUUUGUGUGCGGAUUACAAAAUUUUACAGAAAUAAUAUUUUUGUGGCUAUUACCUUCAGACAGAGCUAUGCUAGCUGUUCUCCCCUGAUUCCAGUCUUUAUACCAAGCUACCUUAGCUGACUGCUGGCAAACAGCUAGCCUGGCUCUGAUCAAAAGUAACAAAAUCUACAUACCAGCAUCUCUAAAGCUCACUAAUUAACAUGUUACAUCUCCUGAAUCUGUACAAAAUCUGAGGUAGGCUAGCUGUUUCUCUGUUUUCAGUAUUUGUGCCAGGCUAAGCUAAUCAGCUGCUGGCAGCUAACUCUUGACUAAAGAUUUAAUAAUUUCCCAAAAUGUGUGGUUGCUCAGUAUUAGUUUGUUGAAGUUUUUUAUGACAAAGUUUAAUUUAGAGGGACUCUUAAGCCCCACACUCCUCUGUCACACUCCAUAUAUUUUGCUAAAAGCAAAUGUUACUUUUGCCAAAGGAAUACUCAUCAACUGCAGCUCACUCGUUACCUGUGUGGUAUUAUAGAAGACUUCAUAGCGUAGAGGUGAAUGUAUUGAAGGUAUCUUAAAUGUAAAGCACUUUUAAAUGUUUGUCCAUUAUAGAUUAAUGUGUUAAACCUACCCUGGAACCUGCAGGUAUGACUGACUGUGGUUCACACAGGCACAUAGACAGACACUGAAUCUGCCAUUAUACUGUAUUUGAGCUAAACAGCAGCACAAGCAGUGGUGACCUGGCAUAGUUUAUAUGCAAUGCAAACCAAGCAAUCUGUAUCUUCUCAGUGCUGUGUAGUAAUAUCACUUUAUGCUCAGUGUGAGGCCUCAUUGGACAAUUUAGAUUUUAGUUUAAUAUUCUGUAAGGUUAUCGUAGAAUGUAUAUGUGACUUUAAAAAUUCAAACAAUGUUCUGUCAGUAGCUUUUGCUCAAACUUUUGUUAACUGUUAAGCAUAAAACUAAAAAGUGUUUUGCUUAAAAUGUUUCUUUCAGUAGCUGUUUCAUCAUAAUCUUCGCCAAUUUCUUGACAAGUGCCUAAAUUGCUUAAUUUUGACAAAUCAACAUAAAUUAUAUGUUCCUGGCUAACAUGGUGCUGAUUCCGAUCAAACAACAACAAAAUAUCUCGAUAUAGUGCAUUGAUUUUGCAAACAAAACCCCACAUGCAGUCAAGCUUGUCCAUUGGAGAGAGAGAGAAUCACUCUGUGGACAGUUGGCUCUUAAACACGGGUUUGAAUUAAUUAAAAGAACACUACAGCCCAUUCACGUUGAGCAUACAUUUGUUACAUAGAAGAUGUUAUAGAUAUUUGGGUUUUUCAUGUUCUCUCAGAGAAAGGCUUGUUGAAACUGAAAGUUCCCUAAAGACUACCACUGUAAUCCCAAAACUUGGAGUAAUAAAACUACUAUACACACUAAAA